AUGAACACCUCUGUAACGAAUCAAGGGCUAGACCAUAAUGAACACCUCUGUAACGAAUCAGAGCUAGACCAUAAUGAACACCUCAGUAACGAAUCAGGGCUAGACCAUAAUGAACACCUCCAUAACGAACCAGGGCUUAACCAUAAUGAACACCUCUGUAACGAAUCAGGGCUGGACCAUAAUGAACACCUCUGUAACGAAUCAGGGCUAGACCAUAAUGAACACCUCAGUAACGAAUCAGGGCUAGACCAUAAUAAACACCUCCAUAAAGAACCAGGGCUUAACCAUAAUGAACACCUCCAUAACGAACCAGGGCUUGACCAUAAUGAACACCUCUGUAACGAAUCAGGGCUAGACCAUAAUGAACACCUCUGUAACGAAUCAGGGCUAGACCAUAAUGAACACCUCUGUAACGAAUCAGGGCUAGACCAUAAUGAACACCCCCGUAAUGUAUCAGGGCUAGACCAUAAUGAACACCUCCAUCACGAACCAGGGCUUGACCAUAAUGAACACCUCCAUAAUGAACCAGGGCUUGACCAUAAUGAACACCUUCAUAACGAACCAGGGCUUGACCAUAAUGAACACCUCCGUAACGAAUCAGGGCUUGAUCAUAAUGAACACCUCAGUAACGAAUCAGGGCUGGACCAUAAUGAACACCUCAGUAACGAACCAGGGCUUGACCAUAAUGAACACCUCCAUAACGAACCAGGGCUUGACCAUAAUGAACAUCUCCAUAACGAACCAGGGCUUGACCAUAAUGAACACCUCCAUAACGAACCAGGGCUGGACCAUAAUGAACACCUCAGUAACGAACCAGGGCUGGACCAUAAUGAAAACCUCCGUAAAGAACCAGGGAUUGACCAUAAUGAACACCUCAGUAACAAUUCAUGGCUGGACCAUAUUGAACACCUCCGUAAUGAAUCAGGGCUGGACCAUAUUGAACACCUCCGUAACGAAACAAGGCUGGACCAUAAUGAACACCUCUGUAAAGAAACAAGGCUGAACCAUAUUGAAUACCUCCGUAACGAAACAAGGCUGGACCAUAGUGUACACCUUCGUAACGAAUCAGCGCUGGACCAUAUUGAACACCUCCGUAAUGAAACAAGGCUGGACCAUAAUGAACACCUCCAUAACGAAACAAGGCUGGAACAUAUUGAACACCUCCGGCUUGACCAUAAUGAACACAUCCGUAACGAAUCAGGGCUAGACCAUAAUGAACACCUCUGUAACGAACCAGGGCUUGACCAUAAUGAACACCUCUGUAACGAAUCAUGGCUGGACCAUAAUGAACACCUCUGUAACGAACCAGGGCUGGACCAUAAUGAACACCUCCGUAACGAAUCAGUACUUGACCAUAAUGAACACCUCCAUAGCGAACCAGGGCUUGACCAUAAUGAACACCUCCAUAACGAACCAGGGCUUGGCCAUAAUGAACACCUCUGUAACGAAUCAUGGCUGGACCAUAAUGAACACCACAGUAACAAACCUGGGCUGGACCAUAAUGAACACCUCCGUAACGAAUCAUGGCUGGACCAUAAUGAACACCUCCAUAACGAAUCAGAGCUUGACCAUAAUGAACACCUCUGUAACGAAUCAGGGCUUGACCAUAAUGAACAUCUCAGUAACGAAUCAGGGCUUGACCAUAAUGAACACCACAGUAACAAACCUGGGCUGGACCAUAAUGAACACCUCCGUAACGAAUCAUGGCUGAACCAUAUUGAACACUUCCGUAACGAAUCAUGGCUGGACCAUAAUGAACACCUCCGUAACGAAUCAGAGCUUGACCAUAAUGAACACCUCCGUAACGAAUCAGGGCUUGACCAUAAUGAACACCUCAGUAACGAAUCAGGGCUUGACCAUAAUGAACACCACAGUAACAAACCUGGGCUGGACCAUAAUGAACACCUCCGUAACGAAUCAUGCCUGAACCAUAUUGAACACUUCCGUAAUGAAUCAGGGCUUGACCAUAAUGAACACCUCUGUAACGAAUCAUGGCUGGACCAUAAUGAACACCUCCGUAACGAAUCAGAGCUUGACCAUAAUGAACACCUCCGUAACGAAUCAGGGCUUGACCAUAAUGAACACCUCAGUAACGAAUCAGGGCUUGACCAUAAUGAACACCACAGUAACAAACCUGGGCUGGACCAUAAUGAACACCUCCGUAACGAAUCAUGGCUGAACCAUAUUGAACACUUCCGUAAUGAAUCAGGGCUUGACCAUAAUGAACACCUCCGUAACGAAUCAUGGCUGGACCAUAAUGAACACCUCUGUAACGACUCAGGGCUGGACCAUAAUGAACACCUCAGUAACGAACCAACACCAGCAUGGCAUAAUGAACACCUCCACAAUGCUACGGACGCAUCACGGAGAAGAACAUUCGGUAAUCGUUGUCCUUGGUAA